AUGGUUAUCGCUUCAACACUCCAAUACCAUUUUUUUAACGAUGGGUAUCUCGUCAAUGUGCCGUGGGUCUUAUCCGCUGUUUCUUCCCCCUUCAUCCUCUCCCCUGUUUUCUGCGCCAAACCGAGGGCCUACGGCUUCUUACUCGUUAAGCAUAAGAACAACGCGCCAAACACAAUGGCAGCUCUAAAGACCACCAAGCCAGCCUUCAUUGCAGACCUUGACCGCAACCGUGACCACGACAUUUACACAUUGGCCGAUGACAAUGCUACACAAUGCUCUUACAUACCAAUGAUCUCUAUUCUUUUCAGCCUAGCAGCCUCGUUAUUCCUACUACAGAGCUUUUGA